GUCGAUCGAUUCAUAUACACACUGAUGUGGUGUGUCCAAAAAGAAAUCAUGCACGUGUCCAUCCAUCAUACGUACAGGCCAUCAGACAUAGAAAGUCCUCCCUCUUGUCGCCCUCCCGCCCUCACUACCCCUUCCCCAUUCCCACACACACACAGAUGCACACAGGCAAGUAUGCACACCUACCCGGACCUUGUGUGUUCCGGGCAUUUACUCGUUGUCUCACAGUCAGUCUUCGCGCUGUCGUGUCUUCGGUCGAUGAAGCCUGCGACGGCACAGCUGCCACUCUUGGAAGACCAGCAGCUGUGACGUCACCCACUUCAUCACCAGACCCGACACGCCGACCGACAGACACAGGUAAGCUGGAAUCGAUACAAUCAAGCCUCACACGGCAGCCAGCCACUGCACACGCAGCCAGCAGCCAGCCACAACCUAAUCUUCCCCCCACAUUCACUCAGAAAGUGGUCAGCCGCCCCAGCCAGCCAUUCGGAAACAGACGCACGAGUGAAAACCACACCUGGCCUGCCUGCAUCCAAACAUACAUCGAGCCGAUCGUACAGCCAGGCAGGCAGCCGACGGCAAAAAUACUCCACCCCCCCAUCCAUCACAUAGAUCCAUCCGUUCAUUCAUGUGUGCGUACGUUACUCACCCAUCCAUCCAUCCAUCAACAACAAUACAGCCAGGCCGCGUGCACAUGACUGUGCAACCCCUCCCCUCCCCGCCGCUUCCGUCCGCCAUCCCCGGCUGCCUCAACCAACCUACUUGUCUACCUGUCUAAAGUAGCCACUCACUGGUGGUAUGUGCGCCCCUCCCGCCCGCUGCCAGUGCGGCCAUAGCUACGGCGAGACCCAGACGACUGCCCGUGGCUGGUGAUGCGUUCGCGACGGCCCCUGGGGAGAGGGGGAGGCGGGAGGGCCUCCUGCUCCUCGUCACCAGCACCGCCACCACCGUACUCGUCCAGGUCCAUGACGCGGGGCAUCCGUGGCUCAUGCUGCUCCUCCCGCUCCCGUCUGUAGCGCCUCGUGUCCUGGUCGCGCAGUUGUGUGUUGGUGGCGGUGUUGGGGUAGGAUGGCAGGGACUGAUUGCCUUGGUACCAGGCGUGCUCCAGGGAGUGGCCGUGGCGCUGCGGCAGGCUGUGCCGGCGACGCGCCUCAAAAUCGGCUGAUUGAUAUGAGGAACCAGGCAAGGACACACACAGAGCACAGAAUGUGCGGGUGUUUCUUUCUUGCGUGUAUGUCCUCUCCUGUGUGAGUGAGUGUCGUCACCUACCAUCGAACUGAGGGGCCUGGUGCUCCGUCAUGCCCUUGUACAGGUCCGUCUCGCGCUCCUGACCUGCACCACACACACACAGAUAUGGGCAGGGGGAUGCACGACGAGCAUCAAGUGUACUGGUUUUCUCUCACCCGAGUGGCGGUUGCGCUCCUUGAUGACCUUGCGGCCUCUCUCGCGGAGGUGGCGCUCGAGAGCCAUCUUAUCCACACCCGUGCUGCUGUUGGUGUAAGCCUGCUGCGUCUCACGAAGGCCCUCCUGCCACACCACACACACGACAACACACACUCGGGUGCGUGUGUUCGCUUAAUCAAUCUAGCGAGUGCGUCGAGUGCCUGGAACGUUCCCUCCCUCCGUACCUGGUGGUCUCCCAUAGUGCUCUGGGCGUACUUCUCUGUGUGAACCUGCCCGUCCUGCCCCGUGCUCUGCUUCAUCAUCAUGACCUGGCUGCUGUAGAAGCCCCCUCCACCUCCCUGGUGAGCCAUCAUGCCCUCGAUGCCGUCUCCCAUGCGCCCCAUCACGCUGCCGAACCGAGGCAUCAGGCUGUCGAAGGACGGGAACCCGCCCAUCAUUCCCAUCAUGCCGCUGCGCUCUCCUCUCGGGAAGAAGGAGUCGAACGGCAUCAUGUCGCGGUCCAUCUCGUGCAUCGCGGCGGCCAUCGCGUCCAGAGGAGAACCGCCCAGCGAACCGAAGGGUGCGAUUUCGCCAAAAUGGUCACGUCGGCGUGACAUGCUGAAUGAGUCUGGCCUAUAGGCUGUUGCUAUUCCUCUGAGCACUCCGUUUC